ACCACAGCCUCACCGAUGCAAGCCGCCGCGAGAUCGGUCGCCGCGGCACGCCGCCUCGCGCCCCGCAGCCGGCGCCCCCUCCCCCUCCCCCGCUUCUCCACCGCCUCGCCCUGCGAUCCGCCCCCAGAUCCGGGCCCAGACGUCGACCCAGGGCUCGUGAGCACGCUCAGCCGCGUGCUCAGCGACUUCCGUGGCCCGCGCCACGACCUCCCCGCCGCGCUCCGCGGCUUCGCGCCGCGCAUCACCCCCGACGCGGCGGCCGCGGUGCUGCGCCGGUGCCGCCACCUUCCCGCGCCAUCGCUCCGGUUCUUCCUCUUUGCCGCGGGGCUGCCCGGGUUCUUUCACCUGCCGGAUUCGCUCCUCAUCCUGGCCAAUUCGCUCGCUGGUGCACGGCUCUUCCCAUUGCUGCGCUCGCUGCUGUCUGACCUCCCACCGGCCGCGCUCUCGCGGGGCCUCUUCCCGCGGCUGUUCCGUGCGUACUCACGGGCGCUUCUCCCGGAUGACGCGAUCCGGGCGUUCUCUUCCAUGGCGGGGUUCGGCUUCCACCCAACGCUGGCCGAUUUCCACUCGCUGCUAUUCGCCUUGUGCCAUAAUGGCCUUGUAAAUCAUGCUGAGCUCUUCUUCAGAGAGCCGGGGACUCAUUUCGAUGUCUCAGCCAAGACCUACACCAUUCUGAUCUCUGGGUGGGCUGUUGUGGAAAAGCCAGAAAAUGCGCAAAAGUUAUUUGAUGAAAUGGUUGAGAGAGGUGUUGAGCCUGAUGUGCCUGCCUACAAUGCGUUGAUUGAUGCCUUAUGCCGCGGAGGUGAUAUUGCACGUGCACAGGAACAUCUGAAAGAUAUGCAACAGAGCCGAGGACUUCUUCCAGAUGCUGCCACUUAUGGUCCAUUCCUUCGUGCUGCCUGUGCAUCCAAGGAUGCUCGGGACGCUCUUCGUGUGCUAGAUAGGAUGCUCAUGCAUGAUCUCACACCAAAUGUAUUCACAUAUAAUGCUAUAAUUCGGUUAUUGUGUGAACUGGGAGAGAUUGAGGAGGCUUAUAAUAUCCUUGGUGAGGUCAUCACGCGAGGGGAAAAGCCUGAUGUUUGGACCUACAACACACUGCUUAAUGCACAUUGUAAGAAGAAUGAGGCUAAUAUGGAUUCAGAGCCCUCAUCGCAGAACCCAACAGACAUGACAGCAUUUGUGCAAAACCUCCUCGGUCAGAUGCAAACAAGGUUUGAGUCUAUGUCCCAGAACAUCGUGUCAAAGAUAGAUGAAAUGGGAACCAAGAUCGACGAGCUGGAGCAGAGCGUCAACGAUCUCAAAGCUGAGAUGGGCACCACCGACGUACCUGUCAAGAAGCCCGACGAGGCAAAGCCUGCCGAAUCCGCGUAACUCAGAUGUAGGCAUAUGAGAUUUGGUUGUAAAGACUUGGUGGCUAUCUGACAGAAGUUUCGGCAUUCAUGUGUAUCUGAUGAUGUUUUCCCAUGGACCAUAGCUCUUGUACUACCGAGUGUGCUACCUAUUGCUGUCACUGGAGCUUCAGGUCUCCAGACUUCCAGAGCCCAGACACCAUUAUCAGUUGAUAGGUUGUUUCCCUA